UUCAGCAAAAUGUCGACAUCUCUCGGUGAUCAAGGGAUUACUUCCAAAAUUCCAUUAUCUCCUGGGUAUAUUGGAAAACGGGACCGGCUUCCUUCCAGUUCUGCGAGCCCCUCGAAGAUUAAGAGGUCGAAAUCUACAACUCCUACCGAGUCCAAUGAGAACAAAACAAAAUCUGGUCGCGCAACAACUUUCGGCAUUGAAUUUGAGCUUACACUCGCCUUCCACGAGGAGUUUUUGGAACAGAUCUUGUGUGAUUACAAGAUUAAUGCCGAAAUUGUAAAAGCUCUUACAAAUUCCCAGCACUACGACCUUCUAGGACAAUCUGGAAUCCUCUUCGAUACGAACCGGUCCCACAAUUUUCGAAGUCGAUAUCCCUCAUGGGGUCUGCAAGUGCCUUCCACAGAUGUGAUCUUCAACACCCUUCAUUUUCGACAGAAGUUUCCAACAACCCUUUCAGCAAAUCGAAAUGCUGUUCGACGAUAUGUUAUGGAGCCCCUUCUCAUGGCCAAAGAACGUUUUCAGCACGUGGAACUGCCCUGUAACGUGGUCGGAUGGGCCCAGCCUGAUGGGUUCAGUCCUGGCAACCAUGAAUUAUCUAGAUUAGCCUAUCCAGAUCAGCAUGAGAGUAUUUUAAUUCGAAACAGUGAUCUUGACUACAGCCACUGGACGGUCACUAACGAUGAUACGCUCAUUGGUCUUUUGGAAAGUCAACUGCAGUCUCGUUUAUCGGAACUAGGGAUAAGCGAGAAAACAUGGCCUCUUUGGGAUAGUCACGGAAUCGAGCUGAUAUCGCCCAUAUUCACACUUGCAAAGAAGGACGAAGCAUUGCUGCAAAUCGAAAAGUACCUCGAAGCUUUGAGCAGCGAUCGAUCAAUGGUUCUUCCCUCGGUAUGGGCGAGCACUCAUGUCCAUAUUGGGUUCGACUUCAAAGACUCCAGCGAUAUCUCUACUCCUAUCUUUCAACAUCUAAUUUACAUUCUCCUCCUGCACGAAGAUUUGAUAUCGAAGUGCUUUCCCAGGAGUCGUUCGGGGAUCAAGAUCGAAGAACAAAGACCAGAAGAGCCGCUAUUUUCACCUCUUGAUGAUGACGAUGAACCAUUCGACCCUGACGAAGAAUUCGGCCCUCCCCAACUAAGUGAAGAAGAAGACGCAGAAAUAGCCUAUGAUCACGUCUUGACCACGGAAGCGAAGUAUACUGGACUCGGUAAUGUCGAGUCCAACUUACAAUAUUUUCGCGAUCAAGCAGGACCGGAAGCAAACGGUGGCUCGGAAGAAGCUCUGAACAUUGAAAACAGCGUCUUCACCGAGCAUGAUGAUAUUAUCAGCCUCAUUGCGAAAAUACAACGGCCAGACAACCACCAAAACGAGAAUGGCCCGCGUUUCCGUGGGUACAUCUACAACUUCGCCAAUCUCUGGGCAUUCGCAAACAAUGAGACGAAUUGGAAGCCAAUCAAACCUACCGUCGAAUUCCGGCAACACGAUUGUACGACAGGUGCUGAUAUCGUCAAACACUGGAUCAUUUUCCUUGAGGCGCUUAUCAAGGCUGCGGAGCAACACGCCACGAAAACAAUAAUCUACAACAGCAAAACACGGUUGGACAUUUCCAAGGCAUACUCGGCGCAGCAAAGGGACAAGUACCCUUCUGGAGAGGCGAUUGGGCGUUCAUGGCCGUAUGACAACAUGUAUCGGUUUUGCGUCAGCUUUUUGGGGUUAAAUAAGGAGGAGGCUUCAUAUUGGCAGGAACGUUAUGAUCUACACGCAAAUGACAGACCAUCACACGAC